GUGUCAAAUUAGUCGCUCUUCCGUGUCUGCUUUCUUUGCUGUGGCCCAGGUAGAAAUUACAUAAAUUCUCCAGAGCCACACAGCCCAGGGGAGUUUUGGUGCGCGAAAAAGUGGGCCCGAGCGUUGAAGCGGGCGGUGCCGUGCGAAAAGUGGACCGAUUUGUGGGCGAAAGAUGAUUGUGAAGCGGGCGAAGAGGCGAAUUAUGGCUACAAAGGUGCUCCUGCGAAGGGGUUCAUCGCUGUGAGGUGAAAAGUGACCCGCGAGAGACAAAAGAGAAGUCGUGAAGUUAUCUUUGUGACCGUGCCAGCGUCAAUUGGAGGCCCUGUGGACGGUGUACAAGUACUGAAUUUCCACGUAACACAGCUGGGCGGAUCAAUUUUCCGCGGAAAUAGGUCGCCUUGAGGUGUUUCACCACAUCUGCACAGCUGCCAAUCCUCUGUGUGGCGGACGAGAGUCGACAGGCCUCUUCCGGAGGAGCCUCUGGCCUUGGCGGAUGAGCUCCCGUGACGGCACGGGCGAGGUGGCUGCGAGGGCAAUCGCGGUCGUCCUGUGAGAUAGGGGAGAGGCGGAAAAAGUGGUUGAUUUGACACUCAGAGACAGAGAAAGAACUGUGGGAAGAUGAACAUGGCGACAGCUGAGAAUUCCAUUCGCUUCAGCGAUCACACGCUGGACAAGGCGACCAAGGCGAAGGUGACGCUGGAGAACUACUACAGCAACCUUAUCACGCAGCACGGUGAGCGGAAGGAGCGCCUGGCGAAGCUGGAGGCCUCGCUCAAGGAUGACACGCUCACGGAGACGCAGAAGCAGGAGAAGAGGAUCCAGCACGCGCAGAAGGAGACGGAGUUCCUGCGGCUGAAGCGCUCCAGGCUGGGUGUGGAGGAUUUCGACGCCCUCAAGGUGAUCGGCCGAGGGGCAUUCGGCGAGGUGCGGCUGGUGCAGAAGAAGGACACGGGCCACGUGUACGCGAUGAAGGUGCUGCGGAAGGCGGACAUGCUGGAGAAGGAGCAGGUGGCGCACGUGCGCGCCGAGCGGGACGUGCUGGUGGAGGCGGAUCACCAGUGGGUGGUGAAGAUGUACUACAGCUUCCAGGACCCCGUGAAUCUCUACCUCAUCAUGGAGUUCCUGCCGGGCGGGGAUAUGAUGACGUUGCUGAUGAAGAAGGACACUCUGUCGGAGGACUGCACGCAGUUCUACAUCGCCGAGACAGCGCUGGCGAUUGACUCAAUUCACAAGCUCGGCUUUAUCCAUCGCGACAUCAAGCCGGACAACUUGCUGCUGGACGCCCGGGGCCAUCUCAAGCUGUCGGACUUUGGCCUGUGCACGGGCCUCAAGAAGUCCCAUCGCACGGACUUCUAUCGUGAUCUCUCGCAGGCCAAGCCGUCCGACUUCAUUGGCACGUGCGCCAGUCCGAUGGACUCAAAGCGGCGCGCUGAGAGCUGGAAGCGCAACCGCCGGGCGCUGGCGUAUAGCACGGUGGGCACGCCGGACUACAUUGCGCCCGAGGUUUUCCUGCAGACGGGCUACGGGCCGGCGUGCGACUGGUGGUCGCUGGGCGUGAUCAUGUACGAGAUGCUGAUGGGCUACCCGCCCUUCUGCUCCGACAAUCCGCAGGACACGUAUCGCAAGGUGAUGAACUGGCGCGAGACGCUCAUCUUCCCGCCCGAGACGCCCAUCUCGGAGGAGGCCAAGGAGACAAUAAUCCGCUUCUGCUGUGAAGCUGAGCGAAGAAUGGGCUCACAGCGUGGCAUCGAGGAGACGAAAUCUGUGCCCUUCUUCCGUGGCGUCGACUGGGAGCACAUCCGCGAGAGGCCGGCUGCAAUACCAGUUGAAGUGCAUUCAAUCGAUGACACAUCCAAUUUUGACGAAUUCCCGGAUGUUUCUCUUGAAAUUCCGUCUGCACCGCAUCCACAGGAUGGUGAGAUCCUCAAGGAUUGGGUAUUUAUUAAUUAUACGUUUAAGCGCUUCGAGGGGCUCACACAGCGAGGGACACCGACGAAAAAGUAAGAGGAAAGAUAACACAUAUACCAGCCCAAAAGAAGCAGACAAUAAGAAAUUACCACGUGGGAAAACUGGUAUUACAAGAGUUCUUCUUUGGUUUUCCGUC